AUGAAAAAUGCAUAUCCCAUUUUUGCCCAACAAGGUUAUGAAAAUCCUCGAGAAGCUACCGACCGGAUUGUAUGUGCUAAUUGCCAUUUAGCUAAUAAGCCCGUAGAUAUUGAGGUUCCACAAGCGGUACUUCCCGAUACUGUAUUUGAAGCAGUUGUUCGAAUUCCUUAUGAUAUGCAAGUGAAACAAGUUCUUGCUAAUGGUAAAAAGGGGGCUUUGAAUGUAGGAGUUGUUCUUAUUUUACCAGAGGGUUUUGAAUUGGCCCCUCCUCAUCGUCUUUCGCCCCAAAGAAACGAAAAGAAGAUGAACUGCUUUGUCACACUGAUGAAGUAA